UGUGGCCAUAUGUUGAAUAUAAAUUUAAAGUAAAUUAUUACUGGGAAUGCAGACGGGGGCGCCGUUGGUGGUGCAGUCGGACGAUGGCCAAGGACAGCAAACCAUCGUGAUACGCCUGAUGCAGCCGACACCGGGCGCCAACGGACAGACACAGUGCAUGCCCAUAUCCGUGCAUGCUAUUCCUCUGUACAUCAUGCCACAGCCGCAGCAGCAGCAGCAGCAGCAGUGGCAGCCGCAGCAGCAACAGCAACAGUCGCUGGUGGAUCAAAAAUCGCCUUCCAGUCAUCGGAACCAACGAUAUUCAACGAGAGUGCAGUCAGAGGGACAAUAUCAGAGGGAGGCCAGGACGCUGGAAGAUUUUUCAGUCCCCCCAGGCAAAGUGGGUGGCCGGUCCAACGGCAACCAGAGGCGUAGACAAGUGUGCUAUAAAGUGGAGUACAUGCUAUGUCCAGAAGAUGCCUUAUAUUGCCAGCCAACGGAGCCCAAUGCUGGCAAUCAGUUCGGUGAUGUACGCGGCGAAGCUCCCUGUUGCAAUCAGUACUGUAUGGACUAUCAGGACUCCCAGGCGGAAAAGGAGUUCACAUACGCCAUGGAAAACAUACCAAGGAAAUGUGGAAAAUGUCGAUGCGGCCCUUCGACUACACAGGUGGGGACAAUCCCAGGCAAGAGCGAAGAUAUCCAAUGGCAUCAAAAUAUUGCUCAGACAAGCCGUGAAGAAAAUAUCGAAAAUUAUGAUCAAAUGGAGCAGAAGACCGAAGAUGGCUACCGAAGGGAUCAGAAGACCGAAGAUGGCUACCGAAGGGAUCAGAAGACCGAAGAAGGCUACCGAAGGGAUCAGAGUACUAAUACAAAUGCUCAGGAGUGCCCUGACUCCCCGAAUCUGGAGUACAUCAAGACGCUCUGUGAGACGCUGGGUCGAGCCAUGGUUGCCUGUGCCACAGCGGCAGCGGAGGCUGCGGAGGUCAGGGGCAAGGUGUCUGCCAAUCUGGGUCUGUCCGCCAGCAACUGGGCAACCGCGCCCAGUUUGCUAAUGCAACAGACACCGACUACAAUGGAAGAACCGGCAUGCUGUUUAGACAGCCAGAUGAGUAUUACGGUGGAAAACAUCAACCCGGAGAUAACCAACAUGCGAGGAAAAGCUGAAAAGCUCAAACAGAUGGCAGGGAACAGCUCAGUAGAAUCCAUAGGAGCCUUACGAGCCAUAGGAUCCCAGAGUUCAAUGGACAGCCCCGAGAAGAGAUCGUCGUACACCUUAAGAUCGAUACAGCAGACGCUUGACGUGUCACAUUCGAAAUUCCGGGACAUGUCUCAUAGCUCGAAAGGGGCUACAGUCAGCAAAGACUCCAAACAGUCGUCAGGAUCUUCGGAUAACAGUGCUAGGAAGACGAAGAGCACACCCCGUGUCUCUACCCAGACUCCAAGAUCUUCAGUCAGCGCUAGCGAACGAAAGAGUUGUGGCUCAGCCUGUGCUUCGGAAGGGAAGAGCUCUGCCCGUGGCUCAGCCACUACGUCGGAACGGAGGAGUGAACGACCUGCAUCAAGUGCAACGGAAGGGAAGAGCUCUGCCCGUGGCUCAGACAGUGCUACGGAAAAGAAGAAGAGUUCUCCAAGGGGCUCGAAUCAGAGUGCUCUAUCUAUUGCUAAGCAAAGGAAGAAGAGCUCUCCCAGUGGCUCGAAUCAGGCUAUCCUAUCUUCAGGAAAAGAACAGUUCUCCUCGUGGCUCAGACAGUGCCGUAGCAGUUCGGAGUACAAGAUCCUCAGUCAGUGCUACCGAACGAAAGAGUUGUGGCUCAGCCUGUGCUUCGGAAGGGAAGAGCUCUGCCCGUGGCUCAGCCACUACGUCGGAACAGAAGAGUGA